CUUUCGUCUGAGUGGCGAGCGCCAAGUCGAAGAAGCUGUUCGACUUACCCCUGUCCAAGAAAGGCGCAAGGCAGACCGAGGCGGACUGCCGACAGGCGGUCAGAGGCCUGGUGCGCGACCCAAAUUGAUGCAUGCGCAGCUGAGGCUUGAGUUGCUAUAUUACCAGGUUUUCUUUCCAUGGAUUCCCACCCCGCAAGACACACCCGCCCGCCGUGCGUAGGAGGUCCAAAGCCGCCGCAACGAUGCCUGCUUCGCAGUCACAGCCACGCCGGUCUUACCAUCGAUAUCCGGCUGAAGUCUGGAACAAUCACCGAAGCACCAUCCGCGAGCUUUAUAUCGUGCAGGGGAAAGAAUACGAGGAGGUGGCCGCCGUCUUGAGGGCGGAGCAUGGACUCGACAUCGGAGUGCGGCAGCUCAAAAGAUGGAUCGCCAAACGGGGCUUCUUUCGAAACAUCCCCGACAGCGACAUGAGGAAGAUGGUCCGGAAGCGGCAGAAGCGACAACGCGAACUCGGCCGGCCGACUCGGUUCUUCCGGCGCAGGCGUGACGCCGAUGAGGGUGGGUUACAGGAGGUCCCGGCGGCGAAGCUGGAUGCAUACCAGAAACGCCAUUCCAGCGCACUCGCCUCUCCCACCUCGCAGUUCUCCGGAGGCAUGCCGUCAAACAUCAUCUAUCGCACGCCGACGAACUACGUGCCGGCGCCCCAUCCAGCCGCUUCCUGCUCUGAGGCAGACGUCUCAUCCCAAUGCGGUCUCUCGGAGAGUGCGCUUACCCGACAAGCGCUCCAGGACUCGUUGAACGGGAAAUAUCGAGAAGCGCUCCAAAAGCUGAGACUGAUAAGGUUGCCGAGCAGCACCUGGAAACAGGCCCUGCGUCGGUUCGAUAUCGAUGUAAUCGAGGCCGCUACCUAUCCCGGCAGCCCGCUGAGCGUCGCGGCGAGAGUCAUGGACGCCCUUUCCCGAGCGCUGAUCCGCGAGAUGCAGCGGUACAGGAACUCCCGUUCCGACAACAAAGACCAGGCGGAACUACGCAGAGCGCAAAUUGCUCUCAAAAAACAAGCCGAGAGCUGGGGCAUACUUCUCAUGCAGCAUAGAGUCCUGCAGAUUUGGGAACCCAUCCUCGGACGCGACCAUCCCAAACUGCUAUAUGUACGGAGUUCCCUCGCCCGAUUCCGAGUUGUGAACCGCAAUCCGGAUUUUCUGAAGAGGUUAGAUACAUGGGACGCAGCGGGUCCGUUGGCCGCCCUGAUCGCCGGGGGCCGCCUGCCCUCGCCGGGAACUGUCUGCAUCGCAGACCUCGUCCACCUGGGCGACGCCCCUCCCAACCGCCUCCUAGAGCAGCUGCGGGCGAUCGAGGGCCCGUCUGCCGCCGGCCAACAGAUCAGGCUGAAGACAGAGUUGAGGCUUGGACGCAUCAGGGCCCUCAUGGGUGUGUACUACUCGUCCAUCUGCCUCUUCGCAGAGGCCGAGACAGCGUUCCGAACGAGCGAGCGCUACAUGGGGCACGAGACCUGCGUCGAGAUCAAGCUCCACCGCAUGCUCUGGUACGCUGAGCACAAGACGCGAGUCGGUGACUGGGAGGGGGUGCGCAGGCUCAUGCAAGAAGCGCACGAGGUGUUCAUGGCCAACGACGACGUAUCCGAGUUCGUCCUCCACCACUUCCCAGGGCGGUUCGGAAACCUAUACACUGCUGUAUCAACACGGAUGUCCAUCGACAAGGUCAGCAACCUAGCCCCCGUUCCCGCCACGCCCGGCCCUCCCGGCCCUCCCGCCGCAACCCCUGGGAACUUGGAGUCGGCCAGUCCGCAGCCACUCGUGCCACCAGCAGAAAGUUCAGUCUUGUCCCCCUCCAGGCUGUUCCCGUUCACGCCGGGGGCCGUCAAUGCAGCGAUCGACAUCGACGCGUGGCGCCAGUUCGUGGAGUACUCUCCCGACCAGACAGCGGAGACUGGACGCGUAACGUGCGUCGACUAGCACGGGCAUGAAUAUGCCGCCUCAAGAUGUGUUGGAGGUUCAUCUGUUCCUCGCUAGCUAGCCAGGUCUGGGGGACGAAUCAUUCGCUAUUUGUCAGGUUUCCUACCUAGAUAGUUGAGUAACGUGGUAACACAGUAUCAAUCUCCUCUGCCAAUCCGAAGACAAGAUGCGAUCUCACGAACCAUUCUUAUCAUCAUCCGAAGACUAAUGAGAAGAAUGACGUGCUUUCCACCCGCGAC